AUGUCUAAAUCGAAGGAGGCGGGCUCCGUGAAAGCCCCAAACCUCAACGAUGACGAAUAUGUGGCCCAACUCCUUGUGAAGGAUGCGCGUGAUAGUUCCCUACGAUAUUCUGCUAUAGGAAUGAGUGCUUUUGCUCCACUAAAAAGAUCUGUGUCAUUGUCUGACUGGCGUGGAAUGUCCGUCAUGUCCGUUGACUCUAGGCCGUCCGCACGAGUCCCAAAACCAAAUACUCGAUUUUUGAAGAAUAUACUUCGAGAAACGGACAUCCAUAAUGCGAGUCUUAAAAAAAAGGAGGAGGAAGAGGCCAGUGGGAGAAUCAGGGCAUUGCGACAUGAGAAUGGGCGUUCGUCUGGCUCGAAGCAGGAGCGCGAUCUGCAUAACGUGAAAGCGGCGAAGCGACGAAUGGUUGAAGCUACCUUAGACCAAAAAUAUGAACGUGAACAUUGCUCUAAAAGACAAAAUGGAAAUGAUGAGGGGAAUCGACAUACUUCGCGUGACCGGGAGAGAGAACGAGGGAGGGAAAAGAGAAGCGAUCAGAGGAUGAGGGGAAGGCGAUACGAUGAGAACAGCGAUGAUGACGGUAAGCCCGGGAGACGCACGUCGUCAAAAUCGAGACACCAUAAGAGGGAGGAUAACCGGCCCCACCGUAGCAGUCGUAGCCGGCGGCAUGCAGAACAUGCUCAUUCCCCAGAAAAGCACAGGGCAAGUGAUAAUUCUCGUGAACGUCGCUCUCACGGUAGAAGGCGCCGUCACUGUGAGUCAGGCUCUCCACCACGACCUCGACGUUACUCACUUGAACACUCCAAUUCCCGAAAAGGGAGGCUCAAAGAUCUAAAUGAAUCUCAUGAUGAACAUCCCCGAACCGGCACAGACUGUACAGCUACUCCAUUGCGAGACAAACUACCUGCUGCAAAUGGGGAAAAGUCUCCAACACAUCGUCAAACUUCAACGCACCACGGCGGUCCCGACUCCGUAUCUCCGUCGCGAAAGCUUGAUACCAUAGACCCAUCAGAUUCAGAUCCAGGUUCAGAUUCAGAUCCGCUAGAAAGCCUCAUUGGCCCACUUCCACCCCCUGCUGAAAAUGAAGCUCCACCGCUCCGGUCUCGUGGUAGAGGUGCGUAUAAGAACAAAAGCAACAUCGAUUCCCACUUCGCAUCUGGUUACGACCCGCUCCUCGAUGUCCAACCAGAUGACGACGAUGGGGAUGGCUAUGGUAACACGACCAACCCCAAAAAUCACAUCCGACGAAGGCCGGUGGCUGGCCUGGCGACGGCAGAGGACGAUGACUGGGACAUGGCUCUUGAGGCGUUGCGGGAUCGUGCUUUGUGGAGGCGGAAGGGUGCAGAUCGGCUUCGUGAAGCUGGGUUUGAUGAAGGGACUGUUGAGAAAUGGGCUAGUAAUAGGGCGUUUGUGGGGUUGGAUGGUGGUGCCAAUGGCGUGGGGCACAGAGAUAUUGGCCGUGAUAGGGAUAGGGAUGUGGAGGAUGUGAAGUGGGUGAAACAGGGAGAAAAGAGGGAGUGGGAUCGUGGGAAAGUUUUGAUGGAUGACGGGCGCGUUGAUGUUAGGCCUGAGUGGUAG